AUGAUGAACCCAGAACGGAUGCGAAACAACUAUGGCAAAAUGAUUUACUUGUUGCAGGAUGCAAACCUGCGCGAGAUACAAAACUGUCUUGGAUUUUUAUGCAUAGCGCCAAUCAAGACGGUAGCAUCGUUGCUGGAGGAACGCCAUGCACUGGACAUGCUUCGUGACACGCGGUGUAACGUGGCAACGUCUGUGGCUGCCGUUAACACUGAUCAGCUCGUUGACCCAGAAGUUUUGCGGCGCUUUUCACAGGACAAACAACAGGCUAUUGACGGGCUAGUACGUGACUACUCGUCAGCUUCGUUGUCAGAAGAAGAGAUUCGUUUAUGUCUGGCAUCAAUUUCUGAUAGUCAGAGCUAUCUGGCGUCCAACAGAUCGCCAAUCACGCGUAUGAUUGAUUACUUAGAAAAGUAUUUUGUGCCAGAGAAGGCAGAAGCAGGUUUCAGCCUCGAGAUCCGGGCUGGUACGAAUGGCGCGCGGCUCAGUCACAGCCAUGCGAGCCAGUACGAGUAUGUCUUGCAGUCGCUACUGCUCUGGAAGAAUAUUACGACAUCGAUGCUGCGUCUGUGGUGGGUUGUGGAGGAAGACCUGUUAGGCGGUAGUAUGUAUCGGCUACGUGAUACAGGUCAGGGUCUGAACCGUAUGCAGCAUGCAUCCGAGACGUCUCAUUUGGUGCACACGAUUCUACACCACACACAAAAAAUGCGUCCUCGUUGGGUUGGUUCCUCAGCUGUGCAUCUCGGUGAUCACAACGUUCCCAACGCGCUCAUGUUUAUUGACAAGUACACGCAGAUCUCGCGUAUUUUAAGUCCGAUCGUGAAUACGGUGCAUGACAUUCCAGUGCUCGCUGUGCAACCCAAUACGCGCGCAUACAUCGAGGAUAGCUUUGGUGGCGCCGAGAAACUUCAAAAAGGAAUCCUGUGUGACUUUUUCAAACACGGAUUUGAUGGUAGUGGUGCAGACAAUUUUUAUGACGCAGGUUCGUGUAUUGAUGGACGCCUUACUAGCGCCUGGAAUUGGUGUUCUCAGAUAGAAAAGAAAUCUUUCUUUCAUGUGUUUCUCAUGGCUGGAUUUGUCGGCUUUGAUGGACACUUUGAAAAGUAA